AUGAGAAAAUUUUUAAAUUAUUUCGAAACAAAUAAACAUAAAAGAUUACCAAGUUCUAGUUUAAUUCCACAUAAUGACAGUACUCUAUUAUUUACAAAUGCGGGUAUGGUACAGUUUAAGAAUCAAUUCACAGCUUUAGAAGAAUCAAAAUAUAAAUUAGUUACAACAUCACAAAAAUGUGUUAGAGCAGGUGGCAAACAUAAUGACUUGAAAAAUAUUGGGUAUACAGCAAGACAUCAUACAUUUUUUGAAAUGUUGAGUAAUUUUUCAUUUGGUGGAUAUAACCAUUUCAAAAGAGAUUCAAUUCAACAUGCUUGGAACCUUUUAACUAAAGAUUUCGGUUUACCAAAAGAAAGAUUAGCCAUCUCCGUAUUGGAAGGUGACGAAGAAUCUGCAUCUAUCUGGAGAGAUCAAAUUGGGCUUUCAAAUGAUAAAAUUAUGGAUCUAGCAAUACCUUGUGUCGAUACUGGUUUGGGUCUAGAGAGAAUGGCAACAGUGCUUCAAGGAAAAACCACAAACUAUGAUAUUGAUCUAUUUCAAAAUUUAAUCAAUUCAUUCAAAGAGCAAGUUAUGAUCGACCCAACUAAAGCCUCACAUAUUAUAAAGCAAGAUCCAAAGCCCACAUAA